UUAUCGACGGUCAAAAGCUGCGGUUUCCAUUUCAAUCCGAACAAAAUUCCUAGCAGCGAGCAUCGAUUGCCCCCUCCCAAGCGGGUCUGUUUUGCCUUCCUUGAGGCUGCCUCUCAGUUGGUUUACAUGAUUAUGGAAUUUACAAGUGAAAACUUCUCCGUCGUUGGCCAUCAUUCGAAGGGGAACGAGUACUACAUGGGAGCAGGAGCAACCCUGGAACAAGUUAUGGAGAACAUGGAAGGGGGGUCUUUCUAUAACAAGAACGCAUCGAAGCGCAUCCAAGCCUUUAUUAACAUGGAAAGCAUCGAGCACCAGGAAAGAAUUGGAAAACCGUCCGUUCACGAAGACGGUGCGAAUGUCAGUUAUGGUGUUUCAAAGUCGAUGGGCCAGCCUGUGUGUUCUGAGCUAUCAAGACCAGUUGAAAGCUACUGUAACAUGAAGGUUUCACCACCAAAAGGGCUAGAGGAGAAAUCCCUCGUGGAUCAAACCACUGACAAGAGUGACUCUAAUGUUUCUAGCACUAAGAAGCGGAGAAAUAGGACAACAUUCACCAGUUUACAAUUAGAAGAGCUAGAGAAGGUUUUCCAGAAAACUCAUUACCCAGAUGUGUAUGCCAGGGAGCAACUGGCUCUACGGACUGAGCUCACGGAGGCUAGAGUACAGGUUUGGUUUCAAAAUAGAAGAGCGAAAUGGAGAAAGAGGGAACGCUAUGGACAGUUACAACAAGCUCGAAACCACUUUGCAACUUCCUACGAUGUUUCUCUUUUACCCCGGACAGAGCCUUAUUCACAGUUGCAAAACAAUUUGUGGGCAGGGAAUAGCUCUACUGGCUCAGCAGUUUCAUCCUGCAUAUUACCACGUGAAUCUUCCCCCUGUAUGUCACCUUACCCUCACUCACACAGAAAUGGCAGUUCCUACAUGGGCAUAUCAAAUCACCAAAGCCAGUUCAAUCAAGUUGCUCUCAACAAUCUUUUCAAUGACUCAGUACUGUCUGGCUCAUCUGAUGGACAUGCCUUCGAGCCAAGGCCGGAGUGUGAACGGAGAUCAUCAAGCAUUGCUGUGCUUCGGAUGAAAGCCAAGGAACACACUGCCAACAUAUCAUGGGCCAUGUAAUGGAGGUUUAAUGAAAACAGAAGACAAACCAUUAAUGAACAUGUCUGGGCAAUUCUGCUCCUGGAAGACUUUAAUAAGCUGCUACAUCUUGAACAAGCAAGUAGUUGAAUGCACAUCAGAGGAGAGCAAUGCACAGGUGUUUUUUUUUGUAGACCUCUUUUAAUUCAAACAGAGAGUACCAAAUCAAAAGCUAAAUUGGUUGAUCAAAAGUUAUGCAUAGCUGUUUAAAGAGAGUACUGUACUCAUUGAAGCAAAAGGUUUUAUAUUGCACCAGGAUGCCAUUUGGCUCAACAUAAUGGUCUCAGAAAGCAUUCUCCAUCAGCCCCAUUCCUCUGUCAUCAACUUAUAUCCUCUUAGUUCUCAUUUUCUUACACUUACCUGACUUUGAUUUGAGGAUUAUUUGGCACACUUCUUGGGCGACUGAUUCUAGCAGGUUUCUACAGGUCCUACCAACCAUCUGUAUAAAAAAUAAGCUCUGAACCUCCCCUUGUUUUCCAUUGUUAAUAUUCUUAUCCUGAAUCUCUUUAAUUAUUGAUUCACCGACAGGUGAAAAUGAAUUUUCAAAAUGUACGUGAUCAAACCUCUAAGAAUUUUGAACAUUUCCAUUAGAUCUCCUCUUAAUCUUUUCACAGACAAACAACUUUAUCUAAAGUCUCCUCAUACUAUAAGCUUCUCAUUGUGAUAUUUUUCCAUGGCCAUAAAGGGGCCUAAAUUGAACAUAAUAUUCAAGUGGCAUUGGUGACAAUGCAUCAAGAUUGCUUAACAUUAUUACUUUUGUAUAAAAUUCACAAUCUGUCCUGCAGUCACUAAGUCUUUUUCACUGUGAAACAUUUUUUGGAUCAUUUGCAAAAUUUGAUCUUGCUUUUCUUCAACCCCAAAACACAUCAUUUUAUAUACAGCGUUAUUGACAACUAUAGGUUCCAGAAUGGGUUGCCUGCUGAUCUCACUCAUGCUAAAUUUUGGAACUGACCAUUCCCAGUGCUAAUAAUAAAAUCACUCUUUGGAACAUAUACCACCACUGUUGUAGAAAAUAUCGAUAUUUUAACCAUCUAAAAAUUAUUAUACAGCAGCAGCAUUAUGGUAUGUUUCAAUAAUAUUAGUUUGAAGUUACACAAUAUAUAAAAACUUUAAAAUCCCUUCGUAUUAAAAGGUUUAAGGGCUGAUCUAAUUGGAGUGUUGAAUAUGAUAAUAGUAUCUAAUAGGUCACAUCCUCUGUUGGUGGAAUGUGAAAUAAAAAGCCUUUUCUUAAAAUUAGAAUUAGACUGUAGGAUUGAAUUCAUGAAGCAUUUUUUCGCUCAAAUGAUCCGAAAUCUGGAAUUCUCUCGUCUAAAGGCCACUGAUGCUGGAUCAGUUUAAAUUUCUACAACUGAGAUUGCUUGAUAUCUUUGCCCAACUAAAAUCAAAACAUAUGAUAAUAAAUGCAAGUAAAGUAAUAGAUGAGCCACAAACUAUGGGGGAGGGGGUGCAACUGAGGGGCUGAAUGGUCUCCUCCUGUUCCUCAAUAAUCUCUAGUGUAAUCAAUUCAGCAAAACGAAGAAGCUGCCAAGUAAGUCUCUCACAUUUCACUAGUAAAAUCCAAUGUGUGCUCAUUUUUAUAUUCAAUACAUUUACAAAUUAACCAAUUCUGUGGAUUUAAAAAUGGAAAACAUGUAUUGCUUGUGUGUUCUUCUAAUUGAAAUUGGCUGAGUAUUCUUUUCAAAAUUCCAUUGAAGUGAAUAAAGAUUAUUUGAAGAUUCCCUUAAAAGAGAGAUCAAACAUUUCCAAUAAUUUUUAAAGCAGCUCUGGGGAAAUCUCUGCUAAUUCUUGGACCUGUGUGAUUUUUUUCCAAACUGCAAGAAGAAGGACAGCUUUGGUCUCAGAAGUCUAAAUUCUGAUUAAAUUUAUCUUGUGGAAUACUAGAGAACUAAAAAUCACUGGUAGAUUUUUAAAUUGAGCUGAUGAAAAAAGUGCUGUGAAUGUUAUUUAUCGUUAAUUAAAAGGGAAAAAUAACACCGUAAGUAUGUUCAGUGGAGGUUUAAUAUUUAUUCCUUCAUGCAAUCGAGUUGGUUAUAUCUUUUAAAAAUAUCUUAUUUAUUUUCUCUGUUUCAAGCUGACAUUUGAGAAAAUGAAUAUGACAAUAUUGAGCUGAGUAACCUUUUUAAUCUGAUGUUCAUGUGAAGUGGGGUGGGGGUGGGUUUUACUUUCCAGCCAGAGGUGAUUCUGACUCAGUAAUGAGUAGUUUGUCUGAGGACACCACAGUGAAGUUGUCCUGCCACCAGAGAGUCAGAAGACCAACAGCACUCCAUUGCUAGCCCUGACAGGUGAUCAUGGCUGGAGCUUCACACGGUUUGACCCUGACGAGGAAUUGUGGAGUGGAAAGCUUGGGAGGUCAGUGGGGCAGUUAGGUUGGGGUCAGUCAGUCAGGCUUCUUAGCGUGGUUUGGGAGGAAGAGGGCCUGCAACCUAGAGGUUGGUGGGACGGUCCAAAUGUGGGUAGUCCUCUUUGCUGGGUGUGGGCACCAGUCACCUUUCCACAUGAUGGCAGUCUCCUGUCCCAUGCUGACACCACUCCUGCCGUCCAAAUCCUAGGGUUGGAGAGAUUGGUGAUGCGUAAACCUCCAUUUAAAAACCUGCAGAUCAGGAUUUAGAAGAAUGAUUCUCAUAACUCUCAAGCCAAUACAUGAAUUGGAUCAAAGCGUGAGGAGCAGGGUUAACUUAACUAUAUCUAUCCUAUUAGUAUCACAUUUUCAAUUUUCAAACCAAAGCCAUUAAAUUGAUUCAAAACCAGAAAGAGCUGGAGAAGUUCAGCAUCUGUGCAGAGAGAAAGAGAGUUAAAAUUUUACAUCCAGUAUCAGAGCUGACUUCUCUCUACAAAUGCUGUCAGGCCCACUGAGUUUCUCCAGCACUUUCUGUUUUUUUUGGCAGACUCCCAGCAUCCACAAUUCUUUGUUUCCAUUAAAAUGAUUGCAUUAAAAUAUUGCAAACUGAAGCUUAAUUGAGCACUAGUGCAGUUUGAUUGCAUUUCAGAAGCUUGAAUGAUCUCAUCUUGCCUUCAAUAUAUGCAAACUAACCUUUUUGUGAUACUUUUGAAUUACAAGAUUUAUCGAACGUAAAACUGAAAUAAUUUCUGCCCCAGUCAUCCUAAGACCUCUUUGAAUGAAACCACCCCUUUAGAACAAGUCAGUGUUAAUUAGAAGGAAGGUUUAUUUAUGUUGCAGACCCAGGAACAAGGGUGAAAAUAUAAGGUACAAGCCCAUCAUCCAAUGUUUAUCAGUAGUCUGUGCAUUCUGUACUCAAAUUCUGUACCUCAUUUUCAUUUUUUACGUACAUUUAGUCUGAGGAAUGUCGAAAGUUUUGAACUGAUUAUUGAACACUGAAUAUCACAGGUUAAAUGAAAAGUUAAUUCACAGCUAAACACUGGGUUAAACCUAUUUCUUUUGGACUGUAUACAAUUCUAAUUGUCAUUUUUGGUUUUCAGUUCUGUGAAAUAAAUUUGGAA